AUGGCUACCACCGACGCACCGUUCAGAUUCUUCGACCUCCCCGGCGAAUUGAGGAACAUGAUCUACCGCCAAGCAGUCGUCACUUCCGAUGAGAAGAAUCCCAUCAUCGUCAAUGCAACCGGCUAUGCUCGAAGCGCCCUCUUACAAACCUGCAAACAAGCUUAUUCAGAAGCCUAUCGGAUUCACCAACUCGAGAACAUAUUCGAGGUGCCCAUCCUCGACCUCGAUGCAACCGCUCCGAUAAAGUUCCGCGACGUAAUGAUGUUUGCAAAGGUACGUGGAGUCCUCCACAAGAAAGACACAACGCCAUACGUGGUUGUGAUCUGGUUCACUGCCAAAAACAAGAGUGAAGGCGUCAAGCUCUGGCCAAAUCUGAUGGUUUGGCUGGAAUACGUUCAUAGAGGGCACAAUCUCCUUCACAAGUUCUUCACUAGAGACGCAUACAGGAUCUACAAUGGAGACCCGCGGGAGAUGGCCAUUAGAUUCAUCCUCGAUCGGAUGUUCCAGGAAACCAUCGAUCGGAGAAGGAUGCACUGGAGUCGGGUGGAGAGAAUUUUCCAGGAGACAGCGCGUCCGCUUCUUCGGAGAUGUACGGAAAGAUUCGCGCAAUAG